AUGGAGAUGAUCAUGCAUCCGCUAGAGAUCAUAUCUCUGCCUUCAAUCCGGAUCCCUUCGCCGCCACGCAAUCCACUCCCCGCCAUGAGUGAAAAGAUAGCCAACGUCAACGUCGGCUGCAUUAGCAGCAGGAAACUAAAGUGGUUCGCAUGGGGCACCGGAGGCCUUAUUGUCUUUAUUGGCCUCCUAGUGUUUGUUGUGUUCCUCGUUCUCCACCCCUCCAAGCCAAGCUUCAACCUCGAAGACGUCACCGUUUAUCAGUUCAACGUCUCCAAGGUACCGCCCUACGCCAUCACCAUCAUCAUGCAGGUCACACUGUCCUCUAGAAACCCUAAUUCUCGGAUAGGCGUAGAGUACCAGCCUCUCCACGUCUACGCCACAUAUCGAGACCAGCAGAUAACAAUGGCUUAUCUCUUGCCUCCUACGUACCAAGGACACAAGGAACCUGUGGUGUGGUCACCUCCUUUGACUGGCUACGACAUGCCGAUUUCGCCAUAUUCGCAGCAGUCUUUGGAUCAAGAUUGGCAUGCUGGGGUUAUCCUGAUGAAUAUCAAGCUUCAAGGGGACGUGAAGUGGAAAGUAGGGACUUGGAUUUCGCCCAAGUAUCACUUGUACGUGCAUUGCCCGGCGAAUAUCAGGUUUGGGGAUUUGAACAACGGUGGUCCAAACCUCAUCAAGGGUCAGCCGGUGGAUCAUUGCGAUGUGGAGAUUGCUUCUUAA